AUGAAGUUACUGAUUGUUAAUCCAAACUCUACUCAUUCCAUGACAGAUGCUAUCAGAAAUUCAAUCCCUAAAUCUAUAUUAGCUAACAAAAAUAUCAAAUUGACUUUUUUUACUGGUCCUCAAGAUGGAAUCUGCCCCCCUCAAAUCAGUGACGAAGAUUCAUCUUAUCUAUCCUUCAAAAGUUGCUAUCCAAUUUUAACCAAAGCCACAAGUGAUUAUUAUUAUGGAGACUACGAUGGGGUCCUGAUUUGCUGUUUCUCUAAUCACCAAUUGGUAUCUGCAUUGCAGGAGAAAGCAAUCGAAGAAAAGUUUCAUAAAAUUAGUGUUACAGGUAUUUUCCAUUGUUCGAUUCAUUAUUGUCUCUUACAAAAUAAAUCAUUUUCUAUAAUUACUUCAAAUAAGGAAUGGGUAGAUUUGUUAAACAAAGCUGUUUGUGAUAUAUUAACCAAAAAUGGAAGUGGUGAAAAGUUUUUACCAAGUAUUUGGAAGGGAACAGUUUCUUCAGAAGUUCAGGUUUUAGACUUACAUGAUCCUAAAGUAUUUGGCAAAAUUGUUGAUAGGAUUCAAAAGGUUAAUGUGGAAAAGUUGAAAAGUAAAAAUGUUAUUCUAGGAUGUGCUGGCUUUAGUGGAAUGGAACACAAGUUUGCCUCAAGAAUCACCGAGGUUGAUCAGCUGAAAAAUACAUUCAAAACCCAAGAUGAUAAUGAACCAGCUGAAGGGUUUCCCGAUGAAAAUGCUUUGGAGAUAAAAAAAGGAGGAGCAAUUCCAUUUUCUUCUACCCAACAAGAUGAAGUUUCAACUCUAGGAAGCGAAACUACUGAACUUCCUUGGUAUAAAAAACUUAUUUAUGCACUUGAGUUAGACAAUAGUGACCAUGACAGAAGCGUUCGUGAUUCGUUUUUGUACAAUCACGAUUUGAGACCUGUUGAGCAGGCACGUAGAAAAUGGUCUUGGUUCAAUUACGUUUAUUUCUGGAUUGCUGAUUGUUUUAACAUCAAUACAUGGCAAAUCGCUUCCACUGGUUUGCAAUUGGGGCUUAAAUGGUGGGAAGCUUGGUUAACUGUUUGGAUUGGUUAUUUUUUUACUGGUUGCUUUGUUGUAUUGGGUGCCAAAAUAGGUUCUAAUUACCACAUUUCCUUCCCAGUUAGUGCUCGUGUAUCUUUUGGUAUUUUUUUCUCAUUAUGGCCUGUUAUUAAUAGAAUUGUUUUAAGUGUUAUUUGGUAUUCGUGCCAAACAUAUUUGGGAAUGGAACCGGUUUCGUUGAUGCUCCAAAGUAUUUUUGGUAAUGAUUUGCCAGAAAGAAUACAUAACCAUAUUAACAGUCCCAAUACAACAACUUAUCAAUUCAUGUGCUUUUUUAUCUUUUGGGUUUGUGAAUUACCAUUCAUUUAUAUCCACCCACAUCAGAUUCGUCACUUGUUUACUGUCAAGGCAUGUUUGGUCCCCUUUGCUGCCUUUGGGUUUUUAAUUUGGGCAUUGGUUAAAUCACAUGGCGAAAUUGCUUUGACUUCUUUAAAUGGCGUUGAUCACUUAUCCACCAAAGAUCACGGCUGGGCUUUUGUAAGAGGCGUUCUAAAUUCCAUUGCGAAUUUUGCUACUUUGAUUGUCAAUGCUCCCGAUUUUUCAAGAUUUUCUGUUACAUCUGAGAGUGCCAUAUGGUCCCAAUUGUUUUCAAUUCCAUUUUUUUUCAGUGUGACAUCCUUGAUUGGUAUAAUUGUCACUUCUGCAGCUUACAAGCUUUAUGGGGUUAAUUAUUGGUCUCCUGUCGAUGUGUUACAAAGAUUUUUGGAUGAUGGAUUUACCAGGGGUGACAGAGCCGGGGUUUUUUUGAUCAGUUUUGUUUUUUGUGUUGCCCAAUUAGGUACCAAUAUCAGUGCGAACUCUUUAUCUGCUGGUACAGAUAUGACAGCUUUGUUGCCUAGGUUUAUAUCUAUUAGAAGAGGUGGAUAUGUUUGUGCACUUCUAGCCUUGUGUAUUUGCCCUUGGAAUUUGAUGGCCUCUUCUAGCAAGUUUACCGAUGCAUUGAGCGCUUAUGCCGUUUUCCUUUCCUCCAUUGCAGGUGUUAUUUGUUGCGAUUACUAUGUUGUGCGUAGAGGGUAUGUUGAUCUACUACAACUGUACACUGGUGAUCAAAAAAAAAGUAUUUACAUGUAUUCAAAUAGGUUUGGUUUAAAUUGGAGAGCAUUAGCUGCCUACUUGGGUGGUAUCGUUCCAAAUAUGCCUGGUUUUAUUGGUGAUGUAGGAAAUAAUAUAUAUGUACCUCAAGGUGCAAUUUAUUUGUAUUAUUUGAACUAUUUGGUAGGAUACUUUGUAUCAUUUUUACUAUACUUGAUUUUGUGUUAUUUUUUCCCUGUGCCUGGAUCCAAGUUGGGUGAUAAAAACUGGUAUGAAACUUUUAUUAACGUUGAAUAUUUUGAAGAGGAAAGAAAUCAAUUCUUGAACGAUGAUGCUGCACAAAUUGAUUUUUAUGAUGCCGUUGAUGCAGGACAACAAAUUACACCUGCUAUUGACCCUGUUAGUGAAAAAAUCAAGAAUUUUGAAAAUGAAAAGUAG